CUUAGCAUUGAAAUUCAAAGAAACAGUAGAGAACGCGCACAUCUUUGGUUUUUUAGUCUCGUUCUGGAAGGGUAGAAGACCAAAGACGAUGAAGCUUCUCUGAAGCUUCAAAAACCGAACUAGAACUGAGCCCAAAGUCUCUUUGGUGUUGCCGACCCACUUCUUCCUCCACUUCUUCCAUGGUUGGGGAAAUCGCGAACCCUCAGACUUCUCAAUUACGUUCAUAGCCUCCCUUGGGCAAUCUUAACACCCAACUCACUUUCGUGUAUCAUGGUUUUCACUUAAUUGAAUGUCCGAUUCUUUUCACUCACCCUUUGGGCGAAACUCAAGUGAGACACACCAAAGUAAUUCUUAAACUUCGACUGAAUCCCAGUGAGGAUUUCCUUUUGGGUGCUGGAUCUUGCCACAUUCUGAGCAUCUUUCUUGCUUGAAUCUCAAAGCCGGAAUCUAAUUGAUUUUAUGCCCUUUUUGAGGAUUGGAAAUAUUGGUAAUUGAUUGUAAGGAGAGAGAGAGAGAGAGAGAGAGAGAGAGAGAGAGAGAGAGAGAUAGAAAGUUAAUUGUAGUCCAUUUGCCCUUGUAAUUUUUCUGAAGUUGGGUUAGGUUUAGUCUUUGUUAGGACUAAAAUUGUCUAUGAUGGGAGGUCAAUCAAGUAAGAUACCUAGUAGUAGUGAUGUUCCAACGCCCAUAAAAAUGGGUAGUCAUUCUCUCUAUGCGGAUGAUUUAAGUUCUUAUGAAGCGGCAUGUGUUGAAGAUCCAAACUUGCAAUCCCUUGAUGCUACCAUUCAGGAGCGCACCAACAAGGUGAUCUCCUCUCUUGCUAGUGGGAUUGAGGUUCGUUCCAUAUCCAUCGAGUCACUGGGGGAAGUGACUGGUAGUUUGCUUGAUAUGAAUCGGGAUGUUGCCAAAGUUAUUCUAGAAUGCAAGCAAGAUAUAUUGAAUAAGAAGGACAAGGAGUUGUUCUCCUUGGUUGGGGAAUUCUUUGAAAAUAGCCUCCAGACAUUGAAAUUCUGCAAUAGUCUUGACAAAUGCUUGAAUCGAGCACGCGAAAGGCAUGUUAUAGUUAAAUCUGCAAUUACCUAUUUUGAGGAAGAGGUGCAAAAUGGGGUUGAAGGGUCUACUUAUUUGAAGACAUUGCAAGAGCUUAAGGGUUUCAAGGAAGCUGGGGACCCUUUCACUGAAGAGUUUUAUUCCUUGUUUCAAUCAGUUUAUGAAAAGCAAGCGUCAAUGCUGAAGAAACUGCAGAUCAGAAAGCAAAAGCUUGAUAAGAAAUUGAAGUCCCUCAAGACACUGAAGAGGGUCUCAAAUGCUAUUUUCGUUGCUGCCUUCGUGUCUGUAUUGAUUUUCUCAGUGGUGGCAGCUGCAAUUGCUGCACCACCUGUUGUAACUGCUUUGGCUGGUGCUCUGGCUGUUCCGGUAGGCUCAGUGGGGAAAUGGUGUGACUCACUUUUUAAGCGAUAUGAGACAGCUCUGAAGAGCCAAAGAGAUUUAAUCAGUUCUAUGCACGCUGGUAGUUACAUUACAUUGGUGGACUUGGACAACAUUCGGGUGCACAUUGACCAAUUGGAAAUAAAGAUUGAAUCCAUGUUGCAGAGUGCUGAUUUUGCUCUGAAAAAUGAGGAAGGUGUUAGGUUUGCGAUUGAUGAGAUUAAGAAGAAUAUAGACACUUUUGCAGAGACUAUUGAGGCUUUGAGUAAGCAAGCUGACGAAUGUAGUCGCCAGAUAAGGAGAGCAAGGUCAGUGGUUGUGAAAAAGUUUAUUAAUUACUCUGGUUGAGAGCCCCUUGUCAUCUUCUUUUGCUCCUGCCAAAUUGUACUCAUUAAACACCAAGAACAACAGCAUUAUUGUUCUUAUGAUUAUGAAAGAAACAUAGACAUGUUAACUUGUGUAUAACAGUUGUAUUCUAUUUCUAUGCUGCCUAAUUGCCUAUAUAUACAAACAGCUUUCCUGCUUAA